AUGGAACCUCCCGGUGAGAAGCAUGCAGUGUCAGUCGACAACAGUGGCGGCGACAGCUCGUCUCAACAGGAGGCUGGUCAAGCAUCACCUCGCCAGGUCCACGGGUGGAAGUGGGCUAUAGUGUACCUCUCAAUCCUGACCACCGUCUUCUUAUUUGCUCUCGACAAUACCAUUGUUGCUGCUAUCCAGGUGCCGAUCUUGAAUACCCUGGGUCAUGUUGAACUACUGCCAUGGAUAGGCACGGGCUUUGCGCUUGGCAGUACAGCUAUCCUCCCUUGGGGUAAAGCUUAUGGCAUAUUCUCAGUCAAGUGGUUAUUCAUCUUCAACAUCAUCUUGUUUGAGAUUGGGAGCGCCAUAUGCGGUGCAGCGCCCAACAUGACAGCAUUCAUCAUUGGCCGAGUCAUUGCUGGUGUUGGAGGCUGCGGCAUGUAUUCAGGGGCACUCAGCUACAUUGCUUUUACCACUUCAUUGAAAGAACGACCUGCCUACAUGGGCGGGUCUGCCGUCAUCUGGGGAGUAGGGAGUGUUCUCGGGCCUGUGGUCGGCGGUGCUUUUGCUAUCAGCUCGGCAACUUGGCGAUGGGCGUUCUAUAUUAAUCUCGUGAUUGGCGCCGUCUUCGCCCCCGCUUACAUAUUCUUAUUGCCCAACAUUCAACUGCUGGCUGGUAAGCCGUUGGCCCAAAGACUCGGUAUGCUUGACUGGGUGGGAACUACGAUAUUCAUUGCCGGCUCUGUAUGCUUCACAAUGGCCAUUACGUUUAGUGGCUUGACUUACCCAUGGAGUUCUGGCUCAGCCAUUGCUCUAUGGGUCAUGACAGGAGUGUUGCUGCUGUGUACUAUUGCUGUUACCAUAUGGCAUCCUUUGAGCACCAAGGAAGGCCGCCUCAUCCCAGCGCACUUCUUCAGACGCCCUGAGAUAUUGAAUUUGGCUCUUCAAACGUUUCUGGCUUCAGGUGUGAUGCUCUCUGGCGCAUACUAUAUUCCUCUAUUCUUUGCUUUCACGGAGGGAGAUGAGGCUAUGGAGGCCGGCAUACGACUGCUGCCUUUUAUUUGCUUACUUGUCUUCUUUUCUCUUGCCAACGGUAUUGUCAUGCCCAUGACCGGUCACUAUUUCCCAUGGUUCGUUGUAGGGGCCGUGGUGAGCUCUGUCGGGGCUGGUCUUAUGACAACGGCCAGCUCCAGCACUCCAGCAGCCAAAAUCUACGGCUUCACCAUCCUCGUCGGUGCCGGAAUAGGUUCUUACGUCGUAGCUGGAUUUUCCGUCAUCCAGGCGCUGGUACCCGUCGAGGACAUAGCAAGCGCUGUGGGCUUCGCAGGAGUCUCACAAAUUCUGGGGACUGUCGUUUUCCUUGCGGUUUCGGGUAGCGUGAUGUCCAACACGGCAGCCAAGCUCAUCGCACCACUGCUCCCUGCAGAUACCCCCACCGAGUUUGUGCAUGAUCUUGUGGCUGGAACAAGCAGUGCUGCCUUCCAAAGUCUUGAUUCAGAACUUGCAUCGAGAGUUGUGGAAAAGGUCGCCAAGAGUAUCGGAAAUGUGUGGAUCCUCAAUGUCGCCGCUUGCGCCCUAAGCGCGGUGUGUGCUCUCUUCCUUGGACGUAAAAAGCUGAACCUGACCGGUUGA